GAAAAAACAAGAAAAAAAAAAACCACCCCCGCAAAUCUGAGAACCUAGAAAGCGCCAGGCCAGGCCAGAACAGAGGAGUUUAAAGUUCCUUUUCUGCCAAAACCAAAACCCUAGCUCUCUUCACAGCUCAAGAGCAAGAUCUCUCUCUCUCUCUCUACUUUCUCUCACUACCACUCCAACAUCCGCGGACGCAACAAUGGCAGCCAUGCUGCAACCUCAGAUCAUACUGCUCAAGGAAGGGACGGACACGUCGCAGGGGAAGCCGCAGCUAGUGAGCAACAUCAACGCCUGCACGACGGUGGCCGACGUGAUACGGACGACCCUGGGGCCCAGGGGAAUGGACAAGCUCAUUCACGACGACAAGGGCAACGUCACCAUCUCCAACGACGGCGCCACUAUCAUGAAGCUUCUCGACAUCGUCCACCCCGCCGCCAAGAUCCUCGUCGACAUCGCCCGGUCCCAGGAUUCCGAGGUUGGUGAUGGGACCACCACUGUUGUCCUGCUUGCAGGGGAGUUUCUAAAGGAGGCCAAGCCUUUCAUAGAGGAUGGUGUCCACUCCCAAAAUUUGAUUAGGAGUUAUCGCACUGCAUGCCAUUUGGCAAUUGAGAGAGUAAAAGAACUAGCCUUUAGCAUAGAGGGAAAAAGUUUGGAAGAAAAGAAAGGCCUCCUUGCUAAAUGUGCUGCUACAACGCUUUCUUCAAAACUCAUUGGUGGAGAAAAGGAGUUCUUUGCAUCAAUGGUUGUUGAUGCCGUUAUUGCCAUUGGUAGUGAGGAUCGGCUAAAUAUGAUUGGAAUCAAGAAGGUUCCUGGUGGUAAUAUGCGGGACUCGUUCUUGGUGAAUGGAGUUGCCUUUAAGAAGACAUUUUCAUACGCCGGAUUUGAGCAGCAGCCGAAGAAAUUUCUAAAUCCCAAAAUUCUUCUACUAAACAUUGAAUUGGAACUCAAAUCUGAGAAGGAAAAUGCUGAGAUAAGACUUUCAGAUCCAUCGCAGUACCAGUCCAUUGUUGAUGCAGAGUGGAAUAUCAUUUAUGACAAGUUGGAUAAGUGCGUGCAAAGUGGGGCAGAAGUUGUUCUUUCGCGGCUGGCUAUUGGUGAUUUGGCUACACAGUAUUUUGCAGAUCGAGAUAUAUUCUGCGCUGGUCGUGUAACUGAAGAAGAUUUGCAACGGGUAGCUGCUGCUACGGGUGGAACCGUACAGACAUCUGUUAACAACAUUAUCGAUGAGGUACUUGGAACAUGUGAAGUUUUCGAGGAGAGGCAAGUAGGAAAUGAGAGGUUUAAUAUAUUUAGCGGAUGUCCAUCAGGUUGUACAGCAACUAUAGUUCUUCGUGGUGGAGCUGAUCAGUUUAUCGAGGAAGCUGAGCGUAGUUUACAUGAUGCAAUCAUGAUUGUUAGAAGAGCUAUGAAGAACUCUACUGUAGUUGCUGGUGGUGGUGCCAUAGAUAUGGAGAUAAGCCGAUACUUGAGGCAACAUGCACGAACAAUAGCGGGGAAGUCUCAACUUUUCAUGAACUCUUAUGCAAAGGCUCUUGAGGUUAUCCCACGACAACUCUGUGACAAUGCUGGAUUUGAUGCAACCGAUGUGCUAAACAAAUUGCGGCAAAAACAUGCACUUCCCUCUGGUGAGGGUGCACCUUAUGGUGUGGACAUUAACACUGGUGGAAUUGCAGAUUCGUGUGCUAAUUUUGUGUGGGAACCAUCAGUUGUAAAGAUCAAUGCUAUAAAUGCUGCCACUGAAGCAGCUUGCCUUGUUUUGAGUGUAGAUGAGACAGUAAAAAACCCUAAGUCUGAGAGUGCACAGGGAGAAGCCGCUGCUGGUGCCAUGGGCAGAGGGCGUGGAGGAGCUGCUUUUCGCGGUCGGGGACGUGGAAUGCGCAGGCAAUAGGCUCUCCAUGAGUAGAAAUUUACAUUUUUUGGUGACGUGAAGAAGUCGGGAUUUUGUUUAGCGUUUUGUUCACUGUUUCAUGGUUUUAAUGUGCUUCACUGUUGUGCUUCUUCCGAGUCCAUUUUGGAUUUGUAUUCAAUUGUUGAAUUUCUUGAAUCAACUAGCAAAAAUUGGGGUGACUAAGUGUUGAACACUUCUCUUAAAUUGGGUGUGGAAAUCAUGUUGGGCUGCACAAGAUGUGAAUUCAUUAGCACCAAAAGCCGUGGUGGAUAAA